UCGUACAACAAACAAUUUUAUUAUUCUAUCUUCCAUCUUUUUCAUCUCCAUCCACAUUCCAUUCCUUCCCAAAAUUCCAUCUUUCCCCAUUGAUUACCCCUCUGAUUCCCUCUAAAUUCGUUUGUUUUUUCAUUUCUUCAUCUUCAACUCCAAUCUUUCGAGCUUCCGGCUAUGAAGUUUGGGAAGGAAUUCAAGACCCAUUUAGAACAAACCCUCCCUGAAUGGAGGGACAAAUUUCUCUGUUACAAGCCUCUUAAAAAGCUACUCAAACAUUACCCUAAUCUCCCUUCUACCCUUUAUCCAAUACCCACUAAUCAUUCUCUUAAUUUUCUUCUUCCUCCCCUUCAUCCCCCUCCUGUUUCAUUUGACGAUCUCACCGAAGCUGCCCCCUGUGAAACUGCUGCUGCUUCUUUGGCUGAUCUUCAAGAUUGGUUUGUUAGGAUUCUCAAUGAAGAAUUGGAAAAGUUGAAUGAUUUUUAUGUUGAUAAAGAGGAAGAGUUUGUUAUUCGGUUUCAGUUCUUGCUCUCUAAUGAUACUCGGGUUCGAUUGGCACAGGAGCUAAAGGAAAGAAUAGAUCGUGUGAAGGAAAAGAGCAGCAGGGGAGGUGUUUUUACAUCAGAGAAUGAAUUCAGUGACGAAAUGAUGAAUAUUCGUAAGGACUUUGUCGCCAUUCAUGGAGGAAUGGUGCUUCUGAAAAACUAUAGCUCCCUAAAUUUUGCAGGCCUGAUAAAAAUUUUGAAGAAGUAUGAUAAACGUACGGGCGAACUGUUGCGUCUUCCUUACAUGCAACUUGUAGUACGUCAACCUUUCUUCACUACAGAACUUCUCACAAGCCUGGUUCAUCAAUGCGAGGCAAACCUUGAGCUACUCUUUCCACUGGAAGCAGAAGUUAUUGAAUCAACAUCAGCCUUACUAGUUGAUCCGAACCCUCUAAUUGAUAACUCUAAAAUUACUACAGCCAAGACACCUUCGAAUCUUCGGGAGGAAAGCGAGGAUUUAUAUCGAAGCAUUGUUGCUGCGAUGACAGCCAUUCGUGGUCUACAGAAAGAAAGUUCCACCAAUAAUCCUUUGUCGUUUUCUUCUCUCUUUAAGGGUCAGGAUGAUGAGAGUACUGGUGCUGUGACAGAUGAGAACUCUCCCUCAAACUCUUUAGCUUCUUUGCCUAAAGUUGAUGACGAUGAUGAAUAGUUUUUUUUCCCUCUGUGUAACUGAGUUUUGAUAACUUCUUGUUGUCAAGAGUUCACCUUUCAACUUUGUACACAAAUUAGAUUUGAAUGAGAGAUUUCUAAUUUUGUACAGUCAGUAUAUAGAAUUCAAUUGGAUGAUGCGAAUCCGGUGGCCAAAGUAAGUUACUCUGUUUUAUAAACGUGUGGAGAAUUGACAAA